AUGUCCGAGUACGGCGACGACGAUGGGGGCAACGGACACGACGAGCCCCUGUACGACGAGGACGAGGGCCAGGACUACUUUGAGCCUGAGGUGCCGGCCGAGGACGAGGAAGGCGGUUUCAACGGGACCAACGGCCGCAGCGGCGACGACGAUGUGGACAUCCUGCCAGCAAACGACCCUUCGGCCAUGGCGAGUCAGAAGAACGCGGCCAGCGGCCCACGGAACAACGUCAAGUCGCACAAGGACAAGAAGAUUCCGAACGACCAGCGGUCGACCACGCCGUUUCUGACAAAGUACGAGAAGGCGCGCAUCCUCGGGACGCGUGCUCUUCAGAUCAGCAUGAACGCUCCCGUGCUGGUCGACCUCGAGGGCGAGACCGACCCGCUGCAGAUCGCCAUCAAAGAGCUGCGCGAGAAGAAGGUGCCCCUGAUCGUGCGGCGCUACCUGCCCGACGGCUUCUACGAGGACUGGACGUGCGAGGAGCUGCUGCAGUAG